AUGACCCUCUCCAGGGCUCUGCACCUCCUUCCCAAGUACCCGCUCUCCUGGUGUCUGGCUGCCCGCUGGUGCAGGAGCUCUGCCUUUGCUCCAAGAGCUGCAAAGGCUCUCCUGGCAGGGCACGUGUUCACACCUCCUGCCAGCUGUGUCGACUGCACACUCUGGAGUUCCGAUGAUCCUGAUGUGUCUGGAAUCUCCAUUGAAACUGAUAUCAAAAAUGUAAAAGCAGAAGAGUUUAAGGAGGCUAUUCUUAGUUGCAAACACAAAUUUUCGAAAGGGAUGAGUUUAAGAAUAGAGUGGAAGAAAAUCCAGCCUCAAGGAGUCUCAUUUGUCUACUACAACAGUGAAUUUACAGGUGAUCUUCGGGGCAGAGCAGAGAUGCUGAAUACAGGAAUCCGAAUUAGGAAUGUGACAAGAAGGGAUUCUGGGACCUACCGCUGUGAAAUCAGUGCCAAGAGUGAAGAGGGGCAACACCUGGGAGAGGCUACUAUAACUCUCACAGUAUUGGUUGCUCCAACUACUCCAGUGUGUGAGGUGCCCAGCUCUGCCAUGACAGGAACGGUUGUGCAGAUGAGCUGCAAGGAAACUGAGGGCUCCCCUCCAUCUGAGUACCAGUGGUACAAGAAUGGUGUUCCCUUGCUGGAGAAGACAGGAACAGGCAGUGCUAGAGAAGCAAACAUAACUUACACCAUGAAUAAAAAGUCUGGCACUCUGCUGUUUAAUACAGUUACAAAGAAUGACACGGGAGAGUAUUUCUGUGAAGCCUCCAAUGGGAUUGGAUUAUCCCAGAAAUGCUCAGUGAAGCGAAUGCAAGUUGAUGACCUUAAUGUAAGCGCUAUCAUUGUGGCUGUAGUAUUUGUGGCUCUGGUGAUGGUACUGUGUGGCCUUGGAGUAUUCUACGCCCAAAAAAAGGGCUACUUUGCAAAGGAAAGCUCUUCCCAAAAGAAGACAAACUAUCAAUCUACAAGUGAAAAGGAUUUCAAGCAUACCAAGUCCUUUGUUAUUUAG